GCGAUGCUGGUGGCGUCACUGUCAACAAAGUUUCGAAUCAGUUAGAGCGGCGAAAAAUCAUUGAAACGGUUUUAGAUGUUCACCAGUUCAAAUGACCCGAGAGACACAUUCACUGCUCGGAGGCUUCAGUGAGGUUACAGUGAUGUGUUUGACACAUUAAGGAAGGAUAAGCGCUGAUCUUCAGCGUGAGCCUGUUUGGAAGUCAGUUAGCUCAGAGAGAUGGCGGCUCAGUUUUAACUACAGCAGCAUGAGUGAGCAGAGACUCGCCAGAAGAAGCGAAAAGAGCCUAAAGAGUCGAGUUAAAGAUGGAGGGAAGACGCUGAGCUCAAGAAAGACAAGAGAAAUCAAGGUUUUGGCAGAAAGGAACCCGCCUGUGGUCCCAGUGGGAGCCUGGGUGGAGACUGGAGCCGAGAGGCAGGAGCACCCAGCGGUUCUUGCCAGGCUCACUGAAGAGGUCCAUGAAGAGGUGCGCAGGGAGAAGGAGGAGAGCCUGCAGCGUUUUCAGGAUGCAGUGCGCAAGCGAGUGUCCCGACAGGCCCAGCUUCACAAGCAACAGCAGCUACAGAGGUCUUAUGAAAUGGCUGAGAGGGAGGGCAGAGUAGUCCAACAAAGCAGUGAUGCAGCCCAGCGCCUUACGCCUCGGAAGAGCCUGUUCCCAUCAUGGCCACAGGGGGAGCUAGCCAUCUGCAGCCUCAACACACGCUCAGUUACAACUCAAGAGUUCCCCAGCGCUGAAACUGCUAAUCAGCACACCCACCAGCUUAGCAGAGUGAUGAAGCAGGUGAGACUCCGACUGGCUGCCUGUCAAACUGUACGAGAGGGAGAGGAGCUAUCAGAGCUGCCGGGGGGAAUAUGGAAAGUGUCUCCAACAAGAGAUAAGCCGGUAUUACGAGUGAGGAAAGUAAUAGAGGAUGAGAAAGAGGAAGAUGAAGACGAUCAAGAAAACCAAGCUGGACUUGGAGAGGAAGAAGAGAUUCUGUUAGCAGGGCAGCACGAUCGUCCAUUUCACAGUAGCAAAACAGUCACUUUUCAGAAUGAUGCGGUGUGUGGGGGGUUGGUGAAAGAGCCACAUCCCACAAGCACCAAAAGUGACUACAGAUCCACUCAGGUGCUGUGGCCAGGAGAGGAUGAAGAGGAGCUAAAGAGACAGAGACAGUCUCAGUUCCUCAUGUAUCGUCGCCUCUUUAUGGACAUUGAGCGGGAGCAGGUCAAGGAGCACCAGCGACAAAGGAAACACCUGAGAAGAAUUGCAAGAAUUAAAGCAGAGAAAGAACGACAGAGGAGCGAGGAGGAGAGCCGAAUGGAGCAUGUGAGGCAGCAGGAGGAGAGCAGGAGGGAGGUGGCCGAGAGGGAGCGCCUCAUUCUGGAACAGCUUAGGCUGGAGGCAGAGGAGUAUGAGGAGGAGGUGAAGAGGAGCGAGAGAGCGAAGAAGGUCAAAGAGAACACAAGGUACAUUGAGGCCUUGCGGGCUCAGAUGAAGGAGAAGCUGGAGCAGGAGAAAGUGGAGCUUCCCCCUCUCUGCUGCUGUGGGGACAGCUUCUGGGACUCGCACCCUGACACCUGCGCUAACAACUGCGUCUUCUACAACAAUCCUAAAGCCUAUGCUCAGGCCCUGCACUCUGUCCUGCUGAGCUGUGACCUGACCGAAGGCAGCACAAGCCACAGGAGCACCACGUGGAGAAUCGCCUCCAUGCAUGCACAGUCGCCUCGGAAGUGACCCCAUUCACUGACCUCAGUCCUUUUCCUCACACUGACCCUGUGCCAGGUUCACAGACAGUAGAAUCACAAUAACACAAUGCUUUACAAAUACCUCAGCAUCAGUUUGUUUACUUUGUCUGGAUUUUGGGACAUGGGCAUCAUAUUCGAAACAAACAGUGGAAUCCAAAUUUUUUCAUGUGAAUUUUUUGUGAAAUUCGCAAAACUGAAUGUCUUAAUGUGCUAUAAUGUGAAGAGAGAGAUGACAGUAUUCACAUAUAAAUGACACAUCAAACACCCUGUUCUCUCUGCACGCUCUCAUUCAGGACAAACGUUAUGCAAAUGAGCUUGUGUCAACCCCAAAGUCAAGCUACACACUGAUAUUUAAGACUCGAACACACCGAGGUGGAAAUAUAACGGAUGAAAAGCAAUAAAUGUAUAUAAAAGGCAUUAUUGCAUUAGUUUUUUUUUAUUAUUAUAAAACUUUUGAAAACCAAUAUUCACUCUGGGCCUCCAAAUUUUUAUGUUUUAGCGGGAACCCCCCAAAGCUGCCAACAGUUGGUAAGGGAAGCGAUUUAGCUCACUGCAAUAAAAUGAAAAAUGAAACCUACUUGAAAAAAUAAAUAAAUAAAAUAGAACACAAAAUAAUUUUUUUAAUUGUUUUUGUAAUUAUUGUUAGCUGUUGCAGUUAAACAAUCACCCCCACUUUCUCGGACCCUGAUGUGUUUAUCAGGCUUUUCCCAUUAUAACAUGAUUACGCUUACAGAAAGAGGAGAAUCAAGAUGCAUGUGGUUGCCUGGAUUUAAAUAAAAAAAAAACUGGCGAAAAAAUCAAUUUACGUGAUUUUCCACUUACCCCAGAUGUAGUUGAUCAGGCGAGACAUGUUUGUUGUCAACAUUUUGCUUUUUUAGUUUUGAACUGGAGCUACGAGGCCUAUGUUUCUAAUAAAUACUGGAAGUAAAUAGUCACCCAAACUGUUUCCACAAAUACAUCCCCAAAACUUCUCUUAACCCACUCAGACUGCAUCCAGGUCCUUAUUCAGGUUGCGCAGACAAGUUGAUUUAGUCUAUUUAGACUCAUUUUGAACUACAAAAAUGAACAACUUCUCUGUAGCUAAAAAAGGGGCAACCAUUUAGGAUAACCACAGUCACUUUUUUUCCUGAGCACAAUUUGGGAUCAUUCUAUGAAGACAACAAAGGCACUAACUGACACACUGUGUAGUCUUGAAGUUGUGUUUGGUGUUUCCUAGGAAUUUUUGUGUUAAUUAUUGUGUUUCUUUUUGGUUUUACAGUGAAGUGAGAUGUUCAUGCUAAAGCUAAUGUUUGUGAUAUAAUUAUUGUGUAAUUGUGACUUUGUGUAUUUUGAGAAAUCUAUUUGAUGCAUCGUUGAUUGUACAAAGUUUUGGUAAUAAAACCUGCUCACAAUGUAAAAAGUGUGUGAUUUUUUUCGCCUCAAAUAAAAUGAAUAGGUAUUGAUUGUUUCCAUUAUCUGUUGUUUUCUAUAGUCAUCUACUGUCAUUAUCUUUCAAGUCAUUAUGGCCAUUCCUUCC